UAGCUUCCAUUCUCUCUCUCACUCACUCACUCACUCACUUUGUCAAAUCCAGUCCUUCUCCAUCAGAUACUUCUCUGAUUCUCCUUUCUCCUUUUCCCAAUUACUAUAAUUAUCACUUUUAAUUUCAUUUUUUUCUUUGUGUGUGUUAACUAUGGAGAUUUCUCAGCAACAAAAUCAUGAAGAUGGAAAUGGGUCAUCUAAAUGUGGGGGUGGUGGUGGGUUUUUGGUUAGACAAAGCAGUAGUCGUUGGACACCAACAACAGAUCAGAUUCGAAUACUGAAAAGCCUUUAUUACAACGAUGGAGUUCGAUCCCCAUCAGCAGAACAGAUUCAGAAAAUCUCAGCGAGGUUACGACAGUAUGGUAAGAUCGAGGGUAAAAAUGUCUUUUACUGGUUUCAAAACCAUAAAGCUAGAGAAAGACAGAAGAAGAGGUUUGUUACAACAACGUCUGAUCAUACUACUACUACUACCAUGCAAAGACCUGGUCUGAUUAAUCCAACGGCUUGGAAACCUCCACAUCAUCAUCAUCAAGAUCAUCAAUACCAAUCUUUCAAUAACUACGCUCAUGGUAAUGGUGCUAACAAUGGGGUUGGUCAGAUGGGGCAUUUUGGAUAUGGAGGUGUGAAUUUUAGGCAGGAUUGUGGUAGCAGUGAAGUGAAUAAUGGUCACAAUUUUGGAUGGGUUGGUCAUGUGGAUCCUUAUCCUUCAACUUAUAAUACUUUGUUUGAGAAGAGACCUCUUGAUGAUGAAGAAGAAGAAGAUAAUAUUGAAGUAGAACAUCAUCAAGAAAUUCAUUCCCAGAAGAUUGAAACCCUCCCUCUUUUCCCAGUCCACGCUGAGGACAUUAAUGGCUGCUUCUCCAACAGUUUUAAGCCCAACUACUCCGGCGGUGGCGGCGGUGGCAGUGCCUACUACUCCGGGUGGUUUUGUCCCGACGGUGGCCGCGGCGGUUCCCGAGCUUCCCUAGAGCUUCGCCUCAAUUCCUACAGCCGUAACUCACCGGACUCCCAUGCAUGAUGAAACGUAUAAAACUAUAAAUAUAAUAAUAUUAUAUAUAUGUGUAUAUUAUAGUUAGGUUCUAAUUAUUAAUUAAUGAUGGAUCUCUACUUGAUUAUAGCUAUUUAUAUAUUUAUGCUUUGUUAAGGUUGAUGAUAUAAUUAAUGAUGUAGUAGUGGUUAUGUACUUUGGGUAUGUUUGAUAUAGUUUCUAAAGUUCAGAAUUAA